UAAAAAAUAAAUGUGUUGAAGUCUUGCCUUGGUUUUGGCGAUUAUUCUUGAUCUGAAGAAUCUUAUUAUCACACACACAUGAUAAACCUGAAUAAAAAUGAGUUCUGACGAGUCUGAUUUGAAUGAUAGCGAUAUUGAGUUACAGGAUGCCUUUGCAGAUGGAAGGCUCAAACCAGGUCUCAAUAAAGUUGAAGAGGCCCCCAAACAGUUUGUAAAUAAUGUGAGUGGUUUGAAACAAAAAAUUGAAGAAAUGAAACUGAACCUACCAUGGCUUGAACGUCUGGACUGUGUUAACAGUCAAGCACCUCUAGCUCCAGAAAUAGCUGCCCAAAUGUUGACACAAGAACAGAAGCGAGAAAAUCAACUAAAAAACAAUAAAAAACUCCCACAGUAUACCCCAAGUGAGGACCCUGUGUUGAAUGAAUUCAAAAGAGAAAUGAUUUUUCAUAGACAAGCACAAGCAACAGUGACUGAAGCUAUACCUAAGUUAAAAGCAAUGGGCAUUCUUACAAAAAGACCAGAUGACUACUUUGCAGAAAUGGCAAAAACAGAUGAACACAUGCAAAAAAUCAGAGACAAUUUGAUGAAAAAAGAAGAGCAGCAGAAGAGAAGUGAAAGAGUGAAACAGCUUAGACAACAAAGAAAAGAAGGAAAGAUGCUUCAAGUACAAACCAAACUCCAAAGGCAACAUGAGAAAAAAGAGAUGCUCAACCAGGUCAAAAAAGUUAGAAAAGGAAUGUCCAAGGACCUUGAUUUCCUUGAUGGAAAAAACAAUAAUACUUCCAAGAAGAAGGCAAUAGAAAGAAGGAAAGUUAAAGACAAGAAAUUUGGGUUUGGUGGUAAAAAGAAGGGGAUGAAAUUGAAUACAAGAGAUAGUGCUGCUGAUAUUAGUGAGUUUAGAAGUCCUGGCAAGCCUAGUAAAAAGUUUGGAAAGGGUAAUAUGGGAAAAAACAAACAUGGCAGCAAUAAGAGCAGACCAGGGAAAAAUAGAAGAGUGAAAAUCAAAGCUAGGGGGAAGAAGUGAGAUGGUGACAUCAUCAUUAUUUUUAUAUGUUGAUAUUGUAUGAUGAAUAAAAUAAAGUAUCACAAGAA